AAGCAAAUAAAAUUUGUCCAAAAAUUUUCGUUGAAGUCCUCUCCGUUCUCUGCUAAAACUUCUUUGGGUUAGGGUUUAGCCACUUCGUCGUAUACAGCAAACCCUAGAGAAAUGUCGAAGAAGAAUAAUCUUGCUAAAAGGAAAAGACAGCACGAAUUCGAACUCCAAAGGGAGAAAGAAGAAAAAGAAAAGAAGGCAAAGAAGCUUCAAGCUAAGAAGAAUAAGAUGAAAGUUGAUGGGAGUGGCAGGAAGAAGAGUAGAAGUGGGUUUCAGGUUGGGAAGAGGAAAGUGAAGACCAAGUUGACUGCAUUGGCAAAAGCCAAAGCUGAACAGGCCAUGGAGGUUGACAAAUGAGGUUUGAUUCCGGAAGUUUCGGUUUAAUGUAUGAUAGGCAGUGGAAGAAAAAGGCUCCGUACUUCGCUAUUUCAUUUGUAAUUUAGAUGUUGAAAAUCUUUAAUAUUCUGUUCAGUAGAGCACAAUUUUUUUUUCCCCUCUCUUUUGAUGGAAAAGUUUGAAAUCUGCUGAUCUUUUAUUUUUCUGAAGCAUGUCGUUUCAGUUAUCUUGCAGUGAACAUUUAGUCCAAUGCCCUGAAACUAGAAUAUUUCUGUACACUCUCUUUUCUCGCCAACUAACCACUGCGAAAUUCAAGUUUUGUUCUCA